UCCGUCUUAUUUUAUCAAGACUCACGAAAAUGGAAGUACUUGGAGAGAACAUCGUCGAAGAAUCUACGACACGCUUUCAGUCUCAACACGAACACAUUGAUGACGAAACAGAACUGUGCUCAUACGUGUUAACAAGCUUUCCAUUUAUUCUUGAAAACAUUUUUCGAUGUCUUACUGCGAAAAGGCUCAAUACCUGUUCAAGAGUUUGUAAAGUGUGGCAUGCCGCAGCAAAGAAGGUGAAACAUUCUAGAAAAGCAGUUGUGUGGAAUUAUUUCAAAGAAGAAAAUGACAAGAAUGGUGUUAAGAACAUUGUGUCGGAUGUUAAACGUUUUAUAAAGAAUCUUCCAGUUGAACCCAAGUUUGUUCUUUUGUUUUGUUCGACCAAUCUGUUCGAUGAGCCAGUGAAAGUGCACCAGUCCAAUGGGCGUCGCAGUCGAGCGGCGAAAAGAGAGCGGAUUGACAUUGUCGAAUAUCUGAACAGACAACUUCCUGAAGCAUGUCAGCUGUGUGCAAUAUCAGCUGAUGGAGUCAUUGGAACCAGCAGCAACUUAAAACAGACUGAAGAAAUGGAAGGCGUGCUUGCGAUGUCGUGCGUUUGUUUCGCGGAGAUGAAUCAAGUGGAUAUUACCCAAAUGUACUUGGACAGUGACCAGGGCAAUGUGUUAGCAUGCUACUGGAAUGACACAGCGAAGGAGAAUGAAUUUGAUUUUUCUCUCAUUCCAAGAGACCGGCUUCUGAAAAUGAUCACCUUUCUGUGUGACGAACCUUUCUGCUCGCAGGAACUGAGUUUUUCACUCUACAAAAUGUACAAUCAUCCGUUGGUUGUGGGUGGCUUCGUCGACAAUGUUGUGUGUCCUCCCGCCUGGAAAAACAAUCACACGAUGGACAGUCCAUUUUUAUGCUGCGUAGGAUUUGGUGGAGAAAACCUGCAGGUCGCGUCGGUGAUUCUUAAAGACGACGUCAAGAACAAAGAUGAAGUGGCUAAAGUGAUAAAAACUCUGAAAGACGUCGGCCUGCCCGAAGAAAACAGUCUCGCGUUCAUGUUCGCGUGCAUCGGUCGAGGCCAGAACCAUUACCAGGAACCCGACGUUGAAUCGAAAAUAUUUCACAAAUACUUUCCUAAAACACCGUUGCUGGGUUUCUUCGGCAAUGGGGAGGUUGGCUUCCAGUAUCCGCUAAAUCCAGUGCCGUCGUCGGAUUUCGACAAGGCAGUCGUACAGAAUCACUUCAAGACAAGCCAGACACACUACAUGAACACACAUCCACCCAAACUUUACCAUGCUUACACCACAGUGUUUUCUCUGAUGUCGUUUAGUUGAUGUUUCAUGCCGUGUGUGUGUGUUGGGGAGACAACUCCUCUUUGUGCUUCUGUAUAUUUUCUAAGCAGUGUAAUUGCUUCUUUACGGAUGAACAUUUAUAUUCAGCUGGCAGUAUGUAGUUUUGUAGCACAGUCUAAAAUGAACUGAAGCAUAAUAUUAUGUAGAAUAAACAAAAAAAAACAGCAAUUGACAUUGAUUGCCAAUGCUUAAAAAGUGACAUACGAAGUGAUUACAGUACAAAAUCUGUACUUAUACAUCUCAACAAUUUUGCUGGACAAAAAAAACAAAACUGCCUAAAGCUGAGUUUCUGUGUGUAAUUGCUUUGAUGUUCAAGGAGUUAAGAACAUUUUCAUAGAAAAUAUUUUGUUAUGUUGACAAGCUUCAGCUGUUUGUGCAAAUCUACUCACAACUUUUCUACAGGUGGAACAAAAUGAAAUCCAGAAGUAGAUCUCUAAUAAUGUGCACAGUUGUACGAUCGACCAAGCCUACCGCCCCAAACCAACCGAAGUGGUCCCAUUUUGUUUCUAGUGUUACCCAGUGUUAUCCAAAACUCAGGGCUAGCUCUGGCUCCACAGAACAUUUCGCCAAAUUAUUUAUUAAACUUCAAAAAUUGCAGAAACCCUGUUAUUUUAAACAAAAUUUCAAUUAUUUCAUGAAAUUAAUUCACCAAAUUAAAAUAAAAUUCGCCAUAUGUUUUUGAAAUUCGCAAUUGGCGAAUUUGGCGAAUGCCAGAGCUAGCCCUGCAAAACUGGUAUAUACCAAAUUUUCUUUUGAGCAAGAUUUAGCCCCAUCGGCAGAAUGCUAUUGCUCACUUGGAGUGCUUGGGUCAUAUGGUGGAACUUCCUCACUUAACCCAUUAGGUCGUCCCUACCCCCACCCACCUCAACCAAUGCCACACAACUGGUAUAUCAACGGCUAUGGUAUGUGCUGUCCUGUCCUGUCGGGGAAUUUGUGCAUAUAAAUGUUCCUUGUAGCAGGGUUUUUCUAAAGAUUAUGUAUCAGAAUUACCACCUGUUUUGUAUCCAGUAGCUGAUGAUUAAUUAGUCAUGCUCUUCAUGCUAGUCUGUGCACCACAGCUUGUAUAACAAAGACCAUGGUAUGUGCUAUCCUGUCUGUGGGAUGGUGCAUAUACAAAUCCCUUGCUGCUAAUGGAAAAAUGUAGCAGGUUUCCUCUCUAAGACUAUAUAUUCAUUAGUAGUACUCUUCAUGCUAGUCAGUGCACCACAACUUGUAUAACAAAGGCCAUGGUAUGUGCUAUCCGGUCUGUGGAAUGCUGCAUAUAAAACAUCGCUUGCUACAAUUGGAAAAAUGUAGGAGGUUUCUUCUCUAAGACUAUGUCAAAAUUACCAAAUGUUUCAUGAUGUGCUCUAGUGGUGUCAUUAAACAAAAACUAACUAGUAGUAAUUUUUAUGUGGAAUCAACAGGUUCAGGUUUGUUCACACAAAUACCAAAUGUUACAAUUAUACUGACGACACAUGAAGAGGUAUUUUAAACUACUGCAGUGUGUCCACGUCUCCUUUAUUUCAAAGAAUCUCCUUUAUUUCAUGAUUCUGCUAGAUCUCCUUUAUUUCCUCCUUUUUGGGGAAAAAAAAAAGAUUGUCUACAUUUUUAUUUGCUUAUUUCCUCGCAAUUGAGUGUGUAAUUGACUUUUAUACUUUCAAAUUGAGCUCCUUCUGCAAUAAAACACUGGUUUAUAA